UGCCGCCGACCGCGUCCCGCAUCCGGAGUUCCUGCCUGCUGCCGAGUGCCUGCCAUACUGUCAUACGUGCAAACGCAUUGCAAGGACUCACUUCAAUUCAAUAAUAACAAUAUUCAAUAAUGUAGAUGGCGUGUCAUUGCUUGUGUACGAUUUAAUUAAAACUCUCAAGACAUUAGGUCAUUCGCUUGUUUGUGUGAAACAAGUAUUCGUAUUUUAGUUUCAUUUGAUACAGUGAAUCAUAAUUUUUCUUUAAUUAAACGUGCUUAGAAAAAGGGUUUAAGCUGCAGCAUUAUGGCGAUCAGUCGUUCAGUUUGUCGGGCCCUGUCACGAGAUGGCUGGCGCGCGACUCUAACGCUGCUGGCGUGCACCGCGCUAUUCACCGUGCGCGUGCCGCGCUCCGCUAGCCUGGUCGCAGAGUUCCCGCAGCACUCGCCGAGCUCACUCGCGCACUUCCUAGCCGACUUCUCGAACCAUCCGCGCCUCUACACGCACAUUACUGGCUCAUGGGGGGUCGAGGAGGAGAUGAACAACUACACUUCUUGGAGGUACGUGGUGUCGUACGAGUGCGGAGCGCGCUGCGCUGGUCGCGUGGAGCUGAGUGCGCACGACGACGCGAGCCAGCAUCGCGUACAAGUGCGGGACACUUGGUGCUCGAAGUUGCCGCUUCUGCCCUGGCCGCAAAUGUGUCAAAAUUCAUUAACGGAGACGGUCGUAACGUCUCGAAGUGGUGGUGGGGCACGUAUGGCAGAGGUGGCGCGCGUGCAGUGCAGCGUGCUCGCUCUGGCCGUGGGCUGCGACCCGGGCGCCGCGCGCCGCGAACAUCUGCGCGCGCUUCGAGCGGAACUCGCCCGCCAGCUUUAAUAUCUAUGGACAUAUGAAUUAAAGAAAAUACAUUUAUUAUUUUUUUAUUUUUAUAUUAAAUCACACGUCAUUUUAAACUAAACUAACAAGCUUACUCGGCCACGCGUUGCUGUGUCUCAGUUUGUAAUAAAUUGUUGUAAUAUUAUACUUAUUCAAUAUAGCGAAA